AAGUUUAUAAGAUUGGAUAUAAGUUUGGAAGCUUUUAUUUGGCCAAGAAUGGCUUAGCAUCUGCAAAACCAACACAAAGCUAUAUUCUCUAAAAAAUCAUUCCAACAAAAGAAGAACCUGAACACAGUUGGCCCACCACCACCACUACCACAAUCUCCUCCUCCACCACCACCACCAGUCACCGGAAACUAAUUCAUGCCCUAGAUUAAGAACAAGAAUCUUUUUGAGACAAGAUCUAUAACACUCUACAGCUUCCACAUUUACACUUAUACACUUUAUGUAUAUAAAGGUUCUUUUUCAUCACUUGUGGGCUUAGUGAUAUAAAGGAAGAAACUUUUCUGUUGGGUUUGGUUUCUUGGUGAGAGAAGAGAGAAAAGAGAGGAUGGGAAGAGGAAAAGUGGAGCUGAAGAGGAUAGAGAACAAGAUCAAUAGACAAGUUACUUUUGCAAAGAGAAGGAAUGGUUUGCUCAAGAAGGCUUAUGAGCUUUCUGUGCUUUGUGAUGCUGAGAUUGCUCUUCUCAUUUUCUCUAACCGUGGCAAGCUCUACGAAUUCUGCAGCAGCCCUAGUGGUAUGGCGAAGACGGUUGACAAGUAUAGAAAAUAUAGCUAUGCAACAAUGGAUCCAAAUCAAUCAGCUAAAGACUUGCAGGAUAAGUACCAAGACUACUUGAAGCUUAAAUCAAGAGUUGAGAUCCUUCAACAUUCACAAAGGCAUUUGCUAGGUGAAGAGCUAGCCGAGAUGGAUGUGAAUGAGCUUGAGCAACUAGAACGCCAAGUAGAUGCAUCACUAAGACAAAUAAGAUCAACCAAGGCUCGGACUAUGCUUGAUCAACUAUCUGACCUCAAAACUAAGGAGGAAAUGUUAUUGGAAACCAACAGAGAUCUUAGGAGAAAGUUGGAUGAAAGUGAUGCAGCACUUACUCAAUCGUUUUGGGGAGGUUCUGCUGCAGAACAUUCCCAACAGCAACAUCAACAACAACAACAGCAACAUCAACAACAACAAGGCAUGAGCUCUUAUCAAUCAAACCCUCCAAUUCAGGAAGCAGGUUUCUUCAAGCCUCUACAAGGCAAUGUAGCAUUGCAAAUAAGCAGUCAUUACAAUCACAGUCCUGCUGCUGUGACAAAUGCAAGCAACUCUGCAACAACAUCACAGAAUGUUAAUGGAUUCUUCCCUGGAUGGAUGGUCUGAAACAAUACAUAUUUAUAUGUAUACAUAUGUGUGUCCUCAUUUGAUUUUUGCCAGAGAAACAUAGUUCAUUAUUACAAAACUUUGUUAUAUAAUCAAGGCUAUCAUGUCAAACCCCAGAUCAUUACUUUUUUUUUUCUGCUCUCUUGAAAUAUAUAACAUUGUUACA